AUGACCGAAUUGGCAAUAUGGCACCUAUUCAGGAGAGAGAAAUCGAUUGCCUACAUGUGGUUUGCCUGCGCUAAAUUGGCCGAUAUCGACACGAAGAAACUGAAAUGGGAAAUACUUGAGCGAGAACCCUUGGAGUAUGUUGAAGAUAACAUAUCUAGAGGAUCCCUGGCGCUAACUGCUGAAUCUUUUGCUCCAUAUGCUAGCGCAAUCGGAUCAGGAUUAAAUCCUGAAUGGCCCGACUUGAGCCGUUCAACUUCGAAUUUGUCGGCGUAUCGUCAUUUCAGCAUUACCAACGGAAAACAACGAUGGGCCAGGCGUGUGCUAGCCAGUCAGGAGGCAUUGAAGGUCGUGCUUUCAUGUAGGAGCCAGGCUUUCAACUUAGCGACAAAGAGUCUGCUGAGCGGCACCUUAUCUUUUGUAGGAGCGUUGCUCGUGAUUCGGCGUCUCAUCGUGGAUGCGUUGUCAAUUAGAAAUGUACCGAUGCCCCUUCUGGAAGGUUUGGAUAUAGCGCAGCGGAACUUUCUCAAAAGUCUGAGGCUCUUCAUCGUCACCUACUGGACCAUCGACGGUCCGUUGGCGAGUAGUAGGCACUGCACUCCACCACCGAAUUGUGUUCUUGACACUGUACACGCCCUUGCUGCGGCUAAAUUGCUCGACGAAGACGUCUUCAUCCUUGCCAUUAGAAUUAUGCGCCGGUGGGCCGAGCCCCUGGACGAUGCCCAACAGAUUGCUAAAAACAGACACUGCCCGGGUAAGGCACUUGGUGAGUUCCGGGACGAUAUUCCACGCGUUUUGUGGUGUGCCGAACACUGGGUGAUUCUCUACAAACCAUGCAAAUGGGCUGUUUCCUGGUGUGCCAAGAUACGUGCUGACAUGGUCAAGGUUGAACGCACCUGGGUGAUGACACAGGGAGGUUUGAGCGAACACAGGACAAUAGCCCCUCUAGAUUGUGACCUCGAGCCAUUCGGGCCUGGUGAUCGACAAGCUAGGCCACGUGAUUUAUUAUUCUGGCUCCUUCGAACCUGCGAGCAGCUCUCCAUUAACACUUUGCCAGUGGCCUAUCAGCAGCAUCCAAUUCAGGCGGACCGUUGCCUCAGCUACGGAGUUUCUCACCGUCUCGAUGCACAGACAUCGGGUCCGCUUAUUGUAGCGCGGUCCUACUGGGGAUGGGCUUGGCUCCAGCUCCUGUUUCGCACGAAGAGAGUGGCAAAACAUUAUGUGUGCCUUUGCGACGGUCUCGUGAAGCUGGCGCCUGGCACACUCAUUUCCUGGCCGUUAAUCCGCGAGGCCAUCCCAGGUCGUGUUUCUAUGCGUUCGAUUGUUUCCUGCAAUGGUAUGGGCGCCGUCACGGAGAUUGCUGCCGUUGCUCAUUUACUUGGGCCGCACGCACACAUGCAUGGGAGUGGCCCACAUGGACACUUAGCCGCAAUAGCAGUCAUCCGAAUCAAACUUGGUACAGUUUGGUUGAGAUCCGCCUUUGGACGGGCCGCCUUCAUCAAAUCCGUGUGCACAUGGCAGCCGAAGGCCACCCGCUCGUCUCAGAUGUCCUUUAUGGUGCUGGACGGAAGUCAUGGUGUCCACGCUUUUUCCUUCACUGUUUUUCACUGCGACCUUCGUCGUGUCCUCAGCAUGAUGGACGCUUGUGAUGAGUUGUCACACAAUCUUCUUCUGUCCUGGUUAGGGCGUGGUGGUACUGCGCGGAAAAACGACAGGGCCGCGUCACACGAGAUGCCGAUGGAAGAGGAAAACGCCCAGGCUUUGUCAAGUUUAGGAGCAACGAUAGAUUUUACACCGUUCCUUUCAGUCAUACUUGUAUUAUUCAAGACAAUGGAAAUAUAA